AUGCGGCUAGAAACGUUCAUAAUAAAUAACAAAUUAAGUGUACAUAUUUUUUUAUGCAUUCUACUCUUUGAACGAACUACGAACACGGCUUUUGCUCUUGGACACUGUGUCUUUCCUGGAGGAACUUUCGAGGAGGCAUCAGAUGAAUGUCAAGAAUGGAUGGAUUACUUCGAAGAGUACGGCGUAAGCUCGAAUCAACUAGACAGACUAAUUGUCAAAGAGUCAAAUAUUAAAAGAUCGAGCCCAGUUUUAACCAGUGGUAAAAAAUUUUCACGUGCUAUUUCUUUGCGUUUAACUGCUUGUCGCGAAACAUUUGAGGAAGUUGGAAUUUUAUUUUCCCGGAAUCAUAAAACACUUAAAAAAAUAAGUAUAGCACCUACUUUUGGGGAAGAUUUUGAGGAUUUUGAUCGUGUCGGAUGGCAGCUUUCCGUUCAUAAUGACGCGAAACAAUUCCUUAAGUUAUGCCGGAAUCUGCAAAUAGUACCGGACCUAUGUUGCCUGUACGAAUGGUCUUUAUGGCGUUCACCAUUCGUUGCGCAAAAGAGAUAUGACACCGUGUUCUACUUUGUAAGUUGUACAAAAAUGCCAACAUUACUUCUGGAACACAGUGAAGUCAAAAGAGCUAUGGUUAGUAUUUGAGAAUAAUAUAAGUAUUUUAUGUUCAUAUUAUAUUUUUAAUAUACAUAUACAUA